UUUCCGUGGGUUGUUGAUGGUGCAUGCAGAUUUCUCAAGCGUGUAGUGACCAGUAGUAAUCAGCAAUAGAUAAAUAUGCAGAAAGCAUAGUAGUCAAUACAGUAAUAAUGUUGUAGUGUCCUAAUUGAAAUGUGGAAAAUUGACAGCAUAUCACAAUGGCAUUCUACAGUGUUUCAACUGUUGAAGUUAUUGGAAAUAGGGAAGAAGCUUUCAGAAUUUCUGCUUGUGUUAGUUUGCAUUUUUUGAGAGCACCGACCUGAGGGAAGAAGCUGGAAAAGGAUUGACCAGGUGGUGAGCAUUUUACCUGCCUUUGUAUUUGUUUUAGCAUUGUGUAAGUUCUCAAGAGUGGGAAGGGGAUACUUUUUUUUUUUGUCUGUUGCAGGGUGAACGGGGAUGCUGGUUCAUAUCACUAUCCAAGUGUAUAUAGUUGUUGUGUUUGCCACGCUUCUAUAAGACUGCCCCAGGCUAGCCAUGGCUACACUAGUAGCUUACCACCACCAGGGUGUGACUGUGAAGUGAAUGAAUAAUGCAUGCUAUUAUAAAGCAUCUUUGAGUAUCAUGAAAAGUGCGAUAUAAAUGUAAUUUCACAGUCAGGGCUUGAGAACGGGAGGAAGGCAAAACAAAAACAUGGAGGACCGAAGUACAGGGAAGCAGGGAGACAAGGCAGGAUUCCAGAAAUCUCCAAAACGAUAUUUAAUUAAAAAACAGCAGAGUCCAACAACCAAUCAUGAAAGUAAUAAAGAAAACAUUAAAUAAACUGAAACUGUAAACCUGAUAAGAAGUGGCACAGAGAUGAUCGCAUGGGCAGGGACUAACAUGAUAUCCACAAACAACACAAUGGACCAACAAGAACUGAAAGAAACCAGAGAGUUAACUACACAGUUUGGUGGAGACAAUGAGAAACACCUAGACAAGACAUGAGUGGCUGGAGAGAGCUGAUUUGUCAGCACAAGGGAAGAGAUUAAACGCAAAGAAAUGGACACAGCUAACAAAGUGAGCACACGAGGCAUGGAAAACAUGAAACGAAACCAAGCCAACCAAAACUUAGACCAUGACACUAUACACACACACGCACAUGCACACACACACACACACGCAUACACACUCGCAAGAGUACACACACACACACACACACACACCCUUUCAAGGAACGGAGUCCAGACAUACCAAAACAAAACAAGUCACCAAACCAGGGCAGGUCGAACGGAGGAAGGCACAGAGUCAUCUAUCAGGGUCAGGCUGGUGGCCACACAAGCCCCCCCAAAAAGGUGCUUGGCUGGGCAGUUCAGGAGGUUAGCCAGGAUACCAAGAACCGGGGUCCUUAUGGGGCCAUUGAGGUGGACAUCAUUGAUGACAAACCUAUUGGCAAAGCAGGAGUCAGGCAACGGGGACAGGUGGCAGCCACUGGUCAAUACAUGGGAUAGGCUUCUGCACUCCUGUGACCCUUGUUAGGAUAAGCGGCGCAGAAAAUGGAUGGAUGGUCAUUUCAAUUCAUAACAAUAAAAACAUAAAUUACCCCUCCUGGAAGCCGUCACCUUUCUGUGGUGGAGGGGUUCAUGUGUCCCAGUGAUCCUAGGAGUUAAGUUGUCUGGGGCUUUAGGCACCCAUGCCAAACAGAUCCUAUGUGAGUGACCAGACAAGCAUGGUGGAAAGACCCUAUGAUGAAAAAUUUGAAUGGAUUGAUGUCUUUCUUGCCCGGAUGCGGUGACCUGGGUCCCCCUCUUGGGCCAGGCCUAGAGGUUAGGCUUGAGGCCGGCACCCUAUGUGGGCCGAAAGGGUAAUGUGGAUCCCCCAUCCCAUGGGCUCACUACCUGUGGGAGUGACCCUAGGGAUCAGGUGCCGUGUGAGCUGGGCAGUGGCUGAAGGGAAGGACCUAUGCAAUCCAAUCCUCAGCUACAGAAGGGUAGGUGGAGGACAUUGUGUCUUAGACCAGUGAUUCCCAACCAGUGUGCCUUGGAACAUUAUUGUGCCGUUUUUCUGGUGUGCGACAGGAAUUUAUCAAAUUUCACUUAAUUGGUCCAAAUAUUAUUUAUUUACAACAAAUAAUGUAUCUUUCUUCAUCAAUCUAUAAAGACUUUAUUUAUAAAGACAGACAGAACACAUAAAUGUUCUUCUAUUAGAUGUCAGAAAAUGUAUAAUUGACUUGUGUAUCUACUUUUUCUGACAUUUUUGUUUGAUGGUGUGCCUUGAGAUUUUUCAAAUGUAAGAUAUGUGACUUAGCGCAAUGAAGGUUGGGAAUCAGUCUUAGACGACCAUGUUCCUGCCUCCCUAGUUGAGGUGGCUGACCACUUUUAUGAAAAUAAUUUUUAACCAUAGCCAAGGUUUCAAGGGGUUCCGGUUUGGUGUCCUUGGUAUGAUAUAUUUUCUUUUUGCUGGUGAUGUGGUUUGGUUAGCGUCAUCAAACCGUGAUGUCCAACUUUCACUGGAGUGGUUGACAGCCGAGUCUGAAGCACCUCGGAUGAAAAUCAGCGCCUCCAAAUCUGACACCAUGGUCCUAAGUCGGAAAAGGGUGGUGUGUCUUCUCCCUGUUGGGGAUGUGAAGGAAUUUAAGUACCUUGUGGACUUGUUCACGAAUAACGGAAGAAUGGAACGAGAGCUUGACAGGCAGAUAAGCGUAGUGUAUUUCAGUGAUGUGGAAUUUGUAUCAGUUCAUUGCGGAUGGAGCUAAGUUGAAAGGCAAAGCUCUUAAUUUAUAUUUUGAGAGACUAUGUCUCUUGGCUGGCCUGGGAAUGCCUCGGGAUACCCCAGGAAAAGCUGGAUGAAUUGGCUAGGUAAAGCAAAGUCUGGGCAUCCCUUUGAAAUGUACUGCCCCCGCGACCCAAUCUCGAAUAAGUGGUGGAAAAUGGACGAAUGAAUGAAAUAUUAAUUAUUAUUUCAUUGUUAAAUUGACUAAUUUUCAUUUUUUUAACUAUACUUGGGUGGCAUGGUGACACAGCUGGAAAGCGUUGACCUCACAGUUCUGAGGUCAAUCCCAACCCUCCUUGUGUGGAGUUUGCAUGUUCUCCUCGUGCCUGCAUGGGUUUACUUGGGUUUCCUUCCACAUCCUUCCACAUCCCAAAAACAUGCAAAAUAAAUUGGACACUCUAAAUUGCCCCUAGGUGUGAUUGUGAGUGCGGCUGUUUGUUUCGUUGUGCCAUGUGAUGGGCUGGCAACUGGUUCAGGGUGUACCCCGCCUCCUGCCCGUUGACAGCUGGGAUAGGUUCCAGCUCUCCCACGACCCUUGGAAGAUAUGUGUCAUGAUCCUGCCGCUUCAGCACGAGCUGUGCGGGUGUCCGCGCAGGUGCGAUGAUUAGAAGGUGCACACCUGCGCCUCAUGCAGCCUGAUUGUGCUAUGGAUUUAUAUGACCGCGAUGACAACUGGCCGGCUCCAGUUCGAAUGAUCUUCAUGUCCCAUUCGUGUGCUCCGGUGUCCCUGAUUGAACCUGUGUGUACCGACCUUCGUCCGUUCUCCGACCAACCCCGUAAGCCUGACUCCUUCGAUACUUCUGCCUGCGUUGAUUGUUCUCCCGUGUACCGACUCCUGCCUGUCCGCUCAUCUGCUCUCUUCGCCCGACGUCCGAACUACCGCUGCUGCACCGGACUGCCUGCUCGAUCCCCUCCCUCUGCAUACAAUAAACGUGUCUCUUCUUGAACUACCUUGCGUCCUCCGAGUUCCUGCAUUUGGGUCCUACUCUCGUUUCCGAUGGGACGUGACAGAACGAACUGGCCAAUACAGGACCCAGCAGGAAAGACCCGGCGUCGCCGGGACCGACGCAAGGUAGACCGUCUGCCGGAGGACCAAGCCUCUCCAAUCCGGGUAGGCUCCCUGACGUCCUCAGCUCCCGUGUCUUACGCUCCGCCAGCGAGGUAUGAAUACGGCCCGAACACGACCCGUCCGGCUCCUCAUAUUCUUCUGGACUCUGACUUUUCGGAAUAUGAGGAGGACCGUGAUUUGUAUGACCGGCUGCCUGAGUACGACUCCGAUGAUUUUGAUUUCGAAUCUCUUUGCCCGGCUUUGCAUCCCAGUCAGUUUGUUUUACCUCCCCGCGUUUCCAGCACCCGAGCGACUUCGCCCUGUAGGUCCAAGUACACCAAUCUGUACGAGGGAACCCGCUUGGCCAUCUACCUGGGACCUCCGCGUGGCGGCCAGAGGAGACGCCCCGGCCGGGCGCUCCCUUGUGCCUCCCGCUGCGCGGCAACUAAGACACAGUCCACCCACUCCUCGCCGGCGAAACCCGCAGACCCGCAGCUGGUGGCGAAGCUUCCAGCCCAGAGGGAGGAGGAGUCGCCAAAUCACGAGGCGUUCCACCGCGAAAUGCGGGCGGAGAUAGAGCGGCAGAGCGCAGAAUUGGCGGCUCUCACGGCCCAGGUCCGGCAAGGAUUGGCGAACCAGCCGAGCUACGCUGACGUCGCAACGGCGACGGACUCGCUGCUGACGCAGGUUCACGUGGCAGUUGAAACUGACCCGCUCCCGAGACACGCCCACGUGUCAGUUUCGACUGACUCUCCGCCUACUCAGGUUCACGUUGCCGUGGAAACCGACCCGCCCUCUUGCCAAGUGCACGCCGCAGUGGGAACAGACUCGCCACCUCGCCAAGUGCACGUAGCUGUGGAGACUGACCCGCCUCCUCGCCAUUCCCACGUCGAGGUUUUGGCGGUUCCGAGCAGAGCUCACGCGGCAGUUGGAACUGACCCGCUCCCGAGACACGCCCACGUGUCAGUUUCGACUGACUCCCCGCCUACUCAGGUUCACGUUGCCCUGGAAACGGAUUCGCCACCGCGCCACGCCCACAUUGCUGUUUCAACGGAUGCACUGCAAGCUCACGUGGCAGUGGGGACCGACCCGAUGCCGCCUCACGUUGCUGUCCAGGAGGUGGCGACGUCUCCACAGCCGCUUCUCGUCCGUGCUCUGGAGUGGCAGUGGCGACCGGCCCGCGGACGCUCCACACUCCUGCUCUGUCGGCGACCGGCCCGCGGUCGCUCCCCGUUCCUGCUCUGUCGGCGACGGGCUCGCCCGUACGUUCCUGUCCAGGAGGUGGCAACGGUGACACUGACGCUGCCUUCUCACGUUCCUGUCCAGGAGGUGGCGACAGUUCCCCAGCCGCCUCACGCUCGCGUUCAGGAGGAGGUGGAGGUGGAGUUGGUGAUGCUGCCUCCGCCUUCUCACGUUCCUGUCCAGGAGGUGGCGACAGUUCCCCAGCCGCCUCACGCUCCUGUCCAGGAGGUGGCGAUGACGAUGGGGUCGCCGCCUUCUCACAUUGCUGUCCAGGAGGGGGCGGUACUGGCGCCGCCUUCUCACGUUGCUGUCCAGGAGGGGGCGGUACUGGCGCCGCCGCCUUCUCACGUUGCUGUCCAGGAGGGGGCGAUGGCGUCGCCGCCUUCUCACGUUGCUGUCCAGGAGGGGGCGAUGGCGUCGCCGCCUUCUCACGUUGCUGUCCAGGAGGGGGCGGUACUGGCGCCGCCGCCUUCUCACGUUCCUGUCCAGGAGGUAGCGAUGGGGUCGCCGCCUUCUCACGUUCCUGUCCAGGAGGGGGCGAAGGGGUCGCCGCCUUCUCACGUUCCUGUCCAGGAGGAGCUGGGGAGUUCUGUGGAGCCAUCCUGGAGCUGGAGAGACUACGGGAUGGUGGUGGUCAUUGCUCUGGUCCUUCUCUCCAUCAUCCUAUUCGCUCCAGAUGGCUCCCAGCCGCUUAAUGACCUGGCCUCGUUGGCCACCAAUCCCUGGUCGUCUUGCAACGACGGCGUGGGAGGUUCUUGUCCGGAGCAGUGGCCUGCCUCGUUCUGGUUCCUGCUUCGCCGUUUGGUUCCUCACAGAGGUCGUCCGCCCGAAUCGCCCCAUGGGGACCCUGGUGCUUGGCGUCCGGGUCGUACUCCUGACCGGUCCACCCAGACGCCUCGUGUUUGGUGGCCUGGAUGGCAACCAGUCUGGGGUUCAGGGGGGGGUGUACCCUCCUCCGGACCCCCUUCCGCCCACCCCUGCCUGUGUUAAUUGUCUGUUUUUUCGUUUAGGCACGUCUGGGAGCCGUGCCUUUGAGGGGGGGGGCACUGUCAUGAUCCUGCCGCUUCAGCACGAGCUGUGCGGGUGUCCGCGCAGGUGCGCUGAUUGGAAGGUGCACACCUGCACCUAAUGCAGCCUGAUUGUGCUAUGGAUUUAUAUGACCGCGAUGACAUUUGGCCGGCUCCAGUUCGAAUGAUCUUCAUGUCCCAUUCGUGUGCUCCGGUGUCCCUGAUUGAACCUGUGUGUACCGACCUUCGUCCGUUCUCCAACCAACCCCGUAAGCCUGACUCCUUCAAUACUUCUGCCUGCGUUGAUUGUUCUCCCGUGUACCGACUCCUGCCUGUCCGCUCAUCUGCUCUCUUCGCCCGUCGUCUGAACUACCGCUGCUGCACCGGACCGCCUGCUCGAUCCCCUACCUCUGCAUAUCAUAAACGUGUCUCUUCUUGAACUACCUUGCGUCUUCCGAGUUCCUGCAUUUGGGUCCUACUCUCGUUCCGAUGGGACGUGACAAUAUGUGGCUAAGAAAAUUUAUGUAUGGAUGGAUGGUUAUCCAAAAUAAAUCCAGUAAACAAUGUCGUCAUGACAAUAAAGUAAAUAAUGUACUACAGUGAAGAAAAUAAGUAUUUGAACACCGUGCUAUAUUGCAAGUUAUUUCAGCAACUGCCAAGGAACAGGAAUAUCACUUAUCCACAUGUUAUAAGAUGAUGUCAUCAAUAUGAAUCAAUAACUUAAACACCUACAUUUUCUACCUCCUGUCUGGUAAGCAUGGUAAUUAGUAGUUGGUGGUUCGAAUCUCAGCUCUGACCUUCUGUGUGGGUAUUUUCCAGGUACAAUUUCCUCACAAAAGGUGUUUUUGGGGUUAUUGUCAAUAGGUGUGAAUCAAAGUGUGAAUGGUUGUUUAUCUUUAUUUCCCCUCCGAUUGGAAGGUCAGGAACCUAAAUGAGAACAAGCCGCAUCGAAAAUGGAUGGAUAGGUAGAUGGUGUCAUGAUCCUGCCGCUCCAGCCCGGGCUGUGCAGGUGCCUGCGCCGUUGCGCUGACUGGGAGGCGCAUACCUGCGCCUCAUGCAGGCUGAUUAUCCUGGUUAUUUAUAUGACCCCGAUGACGACUGGUCCGGGCCAGUUCGUUGAGCUUCAUGUCCCGUUUCAGCACUCUCGUAUCCCUGAUCGUCAACCUGUGUGUACCGACCUUCGCCUGUUCUCCGGCCAACCCCGUAAGACUGACUCCUUUGAUACUUCUGCCUGCUUUGAUCGUUCUCCUGUGUACCGACUCCUGCCUGCCCGCUCCCCUGCUCUCUUCGCCCGACGUCCCAACUACCGCUGCUGCACCUGACUGCCUGCCCGAUCCCCGACCACGGAAUAAUAAACGUUUCUCCCCGAACUACCUUGCAUCGUCCGAGUCCUGUAUUUGGGUCCUACUCCCGUUCCGAUGGGCCGUGACAGAUGGGUAUUUUCUACUCACUGGCUCAUUCACCUCCUUCCACAAUUAGCUCCUAUUUUUACCCCAUCCACAUCCUUAGUUUAUUACAGUUACUGCUGCAGUUGAAUUUAAAACCAAAUUCAUAUUUGGUUAUUACAGUACAGCCACUUGAAAUUUGAAUCCUAAUUCAUGUUCUCUUUGGGAAAAAUGCAUAACGUUUUUAUAUGUGUGUUCUCUACCUUGAUUAAGUCUUUCACAGUGCACCCGUAGUCUGCUUUUUCAAGCAGUUUCCACCCAUGACAUAAUUUGUUGCCAGCUUCGUUAAGCAUUUAGUGAGACAGAGACCUGAUGUGUGAACAUGGCACUGUCACGUAUGAGAUGAGAGAGGCUCCUCCUAAAUGUCGUUUGUCAGUUUAUUAGGAUUGGACAGACUUGGCAGUGUGUGGAAUGUGUUCAUUGUGCAAAAUUGACUUUGAUUGGAAAAUGGUUUGGCACAAAGGAACUACUGUAAAGGGUAAUGGUGUAACAGUCAACGCUUUGGGGUGUUAUGGGAAUGAAUAUCAUGAACUGGAAACUUUAAUGCGUAAAGAUUGGACUGAAAAAAAAUUUUUUCCACAAUGGGAUGUGACAAAAUGGAGCCAUAGUUCCCACCAAUGUGUUCAGAAUAAUAAGGAGUGGGGGAAAAAAUUUCAAAUAUUACAUUCAAAAGGUUUUAGCCUCUUUUGUUUUUAGAUUUUGUUGAUGAAUGUUGUUCAUUCAGUCUACUGUACAAAAGUGAGUGGCAGCUGAUGUUUGUAUCUUCAUUUCCAUGGUUACUUUUGAAAGGUUAACCAUGAAUCGUCAUCAUUGUGUAUGUUACACAAGCUAUGCUUUGGGCCACAAAGACUACAAAGAGUGUCUGUCUACUAAUUGAAGGACUCCAUGUAACCUCAUAUAGAAACAAGGGUGUCAUGAUCCUGCCGCUCCAGCACGAGCUUGUGCGGGUGCCCGCGCAGGUGCGCUGAUUGGGAGGUGCACACCUGCGGCUCAUGCAGCCUGAUUAUGCUGUGGAUUUAUAUGACCGCAAUGACAACUGGCCGGCGCCAGUUCGCUGAUCUUCAUGUCCCGUUCGUGUGCUCCGGUAUCCCUGAUUGAACCUGUGUGUACCAACCUUCGUCCGUUCUCCGACCAACCUUGUAAGCCUGACUCCUUCUUUGAUUGUUCUCCUGUGUACCGACUCCUGCCUGUCCGCUCACCUGCUCUCUUCGCCCGACGUCCCAACUACCGGUGCUGCACCAGACUGCCUGCUCGAUCCCCUACCUCUGCAUAUAAUAAACGUGUCUCCUUGAACUACCUUGCAUCUUCCGAGUCCUGCAUUUGGGUCCUACUCUCGUUCCGAUGGGACGUGACAGAAGGCACAUCGCCGGAUGACUUCUUUGUGCGCUUUAGGGGGUGAAAUUCGGGUGAGAGGUCGGAUGAUCGGAGAUUUGGGAAGUGGGAUGGGGUAAGUCAGACACACUUAGUGUCAUGGGAAAAAGCCCACUGCAGAUGUUCACCUCUGAUCUCAAACGCCCAAACAAUGCAUUUCUUUAUCUGAAGCUUGCUGUAGGCCUUACAAUGUGGUGUUGAGAAAUCAAAUGUCAUCCAAGUUCAUCUUAACCAUCUUAAUAACCUGUCGCUCUCGAUGUGUAUCAUCUGCUUCCAUCUAUGGUUUUAUUUUUCAAGAUUCGGUUGGUAUUGUGGGUUCUAAAUGCACAUAUACAAAUGAUGAGUUACUGGAUACCUUGAAAAUUUGCAAAUCUAAUGAUGAAGUGAAAUCGAUUGUCGAUUAUGUCUUGUCUAGUGAAGCACUUGAGGAUAAAUUACGGACAAAAGCACAAAGCUAACUUGAGACCAGAUAAUCAGAUCAGAUCAUUCUUAAAACAACUUUUUGUUAAAACAAAAAAAAAAACAGUUAUUGAAACAGUGAAUGAGGAAAACCUGCCCUUGCCUGAAGAUAGCUGAGAUAGGCUCCAACACACCCACAACCCUUGUGAGGAUAAGGGGAGCAGAAGAUGAAUGAAUGAAUGAAAUAGUUAAUUGGUUAAUUAAUUAAUUAAUUCGUUCAUUAGUUAAUUAAUUAAUUAAUUGGUUCGUUUAUUAAUUAAUUAAAACACGUGUCGUUUAGACUAAUAUUUGAAAAAUAGUUAAUUUGUUGUUAAUUUUCCACAUGGCAAAUCAAAGAAAGUUUGCAUCAUACCUAUCUCUUUACAUGUACGAAAGUAUUAUUUUCCUUUCAAAUUAAUCCAUCCAUUUUCCAAGCUGCUUAUCUUCACAAGGGCCACAGGAGUGGUGGAGCCUAUCCCAGCCAACUUCAGGCAAUAGGCAGACUACACCCUGAACUGGUUGCCAGCCAAUCGCAGGGCACAUUGAGACACAAUCACACCUAGGGGCAAUUUAGACUGUCCAAUGAAUGCAUGUUUUUGGAAUGUGGGAGGAAACCGGAAUGCCCGGAAGAAACCCACUCAGGCACUGGGAGAACAGGUAAACCCCACAUAGUUCCGGGAUUGAACUCAGGACCUCAGAACUGUGAGGCCAACGCUUUACCAGCUGAUCCAACUGUGCCGCCCAAAAUAUACAUAUAGACAAAUAUAACAACCUUAUCUGAAAGCAAAUGAGCAUAAAAUGAUUCAGUAAUAAAUAAAGUUAUAUUCUGCAAAUAAUAAAGCCUUUAAAAAUGUGCAAAGCAAAUUUAUUUGCAAUGAAUUGUACAAAGAACAUAA